AAUGUUGCUUUUUAGCAGCUUUACUGGAUUUAGCUAUCUUUGUGGUGCUUUUUAGCACAUGUCCAUGUAAUGACUAAUACCAGAGGUGGAUGUUCACAGUUUAUUUUGUUCUCAGUCCAAAGUUACUGAAACUACUGAUCUUCCAAGAUGGGUUUAUUGUGUUGCAAAAGUAGACACAACAACUCCGACACAAUACCUGGCAGGACAUAUGCAGGGAAAUCCACCUGACAUGACAGUCAGGCAUCCAACAAAGAGAUUAGCCUAUUGCAAAGAGAUCCUUCUUCAGCCUUCUUCUUUCUAGCAUUUACGAUAAACUCCCUUUUGGAGAUAAAGAACUUGUGCAUGAUAUCCUCACAGCGGGGCAGGAAUCAGAACAGUGAUUUGAUUGUAGACAAGAUUUCUACUGGUAGAAUACAUGUGACCUGGCCUAGGUGUGUAUGAACAUCUUACAAACAUGGAUCGAAAAAAGCAAAAGGGAAGAAAGAUGGGCUCAUCAAGAAGGAUCUUGAUGAAACAAGAGGGUGCUGCUGAGGUGGAGGCUCAGACCAGUCCAAAAAGUGAAGAUUUUAUUUUUAAUGAAAUGACAGAAAAAAUCCAACAACUUUUGUCAACUGAUGGCACAGAUACCAAUUUAUUUAUUACAAGACAGGACAUGGAGAAAAUCAGUGGCAUCAUUUUCUUCUCUGUCGAAGACCUAGAAGAUCUCUUUGAUGAACUCAAUAAAGAAGGGAAAGGAUAUCUUACUUAUGAAGAGUUCACUUCAGGACUGAAAAGUCUCAUCAAUUCAAGUGGCAGUCAAUGGAAUCAAACACGGAAAAGAAAAUCGACAAAAAGAAUGACAGAGUUUCCUCGUUCUCUGUCAUUAGAGGAAGCGGACACAGAGGAAAGGAAACAAUUUAAGUCCUUUAUGGAACAGCUUGGAGCACACAAUGUGUUUGAAGAUGAAUCUGAGAUCUGGAAACUGUGGACCAGGCUUGGCCAGGAGGAACCUCAUUUGUUGGAGAACCUGGAGGAAUUCUUGGCAAAAGUAACAAAUCAAAUAAAAGAAGCCAAAAAAGAAACGGAAACACUGGAGAUUAUGUUAAAAAAGAGGAUUACAGAACACAAUGUAGAGGUGCAGCGUAUAUAUGAAGAAAUGGACCAACAAAUGCGUGAGGAGAUGAAUAGAUUAACUAAAGAAAGUAAUACUCGUAGCAGUAUCCAUGAUCGAGAAAUGAGGACUGCCAUUGAAUUGAAAAAUAAAGAAGUACAGCAGCUGCUUUCUGUACAAAAUGAGUUAGAAAAAGAACUCUCCAACCUACAAGGCAUGGAACAUCGUACAAAAUCAGAGAAUGAGAUGUUAAAAAGGACAAACCAAGAUUUAGAACAGAACUUGGAGAAAAUUCGUGAUCAGUUAUCUGAAGCUGAAGUUUGCCUGAGUGAUGUGAAACAGAAAAUGAUUCAACAUGAAAAGGAGAUUAAGGAUGAUGAAGAAUCAAGAAAUAUUUCAAGUGCACAGUUUUACCAGAUUUUCUUCCAGGACACCAACCAGAAAGAAAAAAAUAAUGAGCAGGAACCUGACCAAAGUGACCUAAAAGAGCCUACAGAUCUUGAGAAACUAAAUACAGUAACGUCUGAUAAUGACUUUAAAAGUUCAAGAUCAAGAGUCAUUUCAAUAGAAGAAGACCCAAUACAAGAGUGUUUGCUUAAACACUCCAAACUACUUCAAGAAGGUAUAAUGGAAGAAAAGCCAACCACAGACGUCGGUAGAGAAGCCGAAGACUCUGUUCAUAUUUAUCUCUCUAGACCAGAUCCACUUGCUUUUGAUGAUUACACUAAAAAAGAACAUCCAGAGAUUUCUUUGCAAAUAAACAAAACAACCUACCAAGACAUAAAGAAGAUAGAUAUAGCUUCAGAGACAAGAAUGAUCCAAAAAAACAUUGAUUUUGAAAGUAAAAACAUUGACCAAUAUUCUGAUCUUCAGGAAAUAAUCAAAAGGGAAAAUUUCUCUGCAGAACAAAAGUCAAACCUACCAAAUCAUCUUGAUGGAUUCCAAGCAGACCCAGAACAUGUUUAUAAAAUAAUGUUUGUCGGAAACUCACAUGUUGGAAAAACUUCUUUUCUACGUCAAGUACAUGAAGGUUCCUACAACAGGGAGACCUCUGCUACAGUAGGAAUAGAUUAUCGUAUAAAAAGCUUUAUUGUGGACAACAGACAUUAUGCUUUACAGCUGUGGGACACUGCAGGACAGGAGAGGUUUUACAGCAUCACAGAGCAGUUUUUCAGAAAGGCAGAUGGUAUGGUGAUCAUGUAUGAUGUAACUUCUAGGGAAACUUUUACUGCUGUGCACCACUGGCUAAACUGCAUUCGGGAAAAAGUAAUGGAUGAAGUCAUUCUUCUUCUUCUCGGCAAUAAAAUAGACUGCGAUGCUAAAAGACAGGUGACAUUCCAUGAAGGACAGAAGUUGGCUCAGGAGUAUAAACUACUAUUUACAGAAUGCAGUGCAGCAUCAGGACUAAACAUCACCGAAUCACUGAUACUGAUAGUCAGGUCUCUAAAGGAGCAUGAGGACAAUAUGAAAAAUAAUGUGGUAACGUUAAACAGAUCUACAAGUCAGAAGAAAACAAGUUGCUGCACAUAGAUUUCCACGCCUUGCCUGUAUUAAGGAUUGCAGUUUUUUUUUUAAAAGAAAUAAGUAUCAGCUGUUGUUUUAUACAAUGAAGAGUAAAUGAACCGGUCAGCUGCAAAUUACAUUCCAAACUAUUGAUACUGUUACAUAGCCAUAAGGGCAAGACACAUGGCACCUUUCAUGUAUUUAUAUGUGCUUAUAUGACACCGCUAGGGUGCCGGAGCUGGGACAACUCCUCACUCUUCCUCCCAUUCUUGUCCCUGUUUGAUUGACAGUUAGGGCUCAGCUUUUAAUGCCAAGCCCUGUCUUCAAAUUUCAUUUAAGAGCUGUGAAUACAUAUUAUGCUCAGGUAUGAGAUUUGGAAACAGGGCUCAGCUACUGUUUUUCCUCUGUUUAUAUUUUAUUAUGCAAAAAUGCUACAUUUUUAUGUAGAGCUGUGUUCCUAAACUGGUUUUCAAUUACAGAUUACAGUUAUAAUCAAUUGAAUGUAAAAAAAAAAACUUAAAGCAAUAAAAGAUACAGACUACAAAACACUUGAUAUAAAUCAAGUUUUUAUAACCAUUGUACUGUACCUUGCUGCAGACUGCAAUGCAGAAUGUGCAGGGGAAAAAAAUCUGUAACAAAUCUAUCAUGUGUGAAUUUGGCCUAAGGAAGUAUACUGAGUUUAUAAUUUUAGUAUCAAAAUGUAAAAGUUGACAAACAUUUUUCAAAUCUAUACAGUAUUAACUCUUUAGCGAUGGUCCUUGAGGUCAGCUGACAUCACGGUUUGCCUUAUUGAGAGGCUCCAUGAUGUACAGUUACAUCAGGACCGUUUCCUAGGCACAGCAGUUAUGCCCAUGAGAUCACAACCACCCUGAUAGCAGGAGGGUAGUUGUGAUGCACAACUAAAAAACAUCAAUAAAGGAAAGGAGCUCCCUUUCCCCCUUCCUGAUGUAAUGCCUCUUUGGCUGUUUAGCUUUACAUGUAAAGGGAAGAACCUAAGGCAUGCCCUCAAAGAUGUCAGUAAUGUGUUAAAAUAUAAAUAAAAUAAACAGAUUUUGAAAAAGAAAAGCUACAGUCAACAUUACGUAAAAAAAAGAUAUAAAACAUUUAUACUGGCAAAAGUAAUAAAUCAAAUACCUAGGUUCUUAUUGCUCCUGGGAACAAUAACAACCUUCCCUACAUAAGUAAAUGAUGAGCAAUAUGAAAAGAAAAAACAGAACAGUAUUUUGUCUGCAUUCUUUCAUUAUAAAAAAAAUGUAUAUAAUUGAAAUAUUAUGGGGGUUUUUGUUUUUAAAAAUGUUCAGGCAGGGCAAAAAAAUAAAAUAAAAAAUAGGACAAAAACAAUGCAGUACUCAUGUGCUGAAAUACCCCAUCCCUAUCAUUCUGCUCACUACUUUCUGGUCUCCUUUCGAGACUAGGAAGUACAUGCUUAGCCAAUCACUGAUAAAGCAUUUUCUUGUUUCAUGACAUCACUGAUAAGUAGUAAGCAGCGACCAGGCACUAUUGGAAAAGCAGUAGUGGAGGGAUCACAGCAGAUAAAUACUGUGGCUUUUUUUUUUUUUUACUUUUGCAGCCCAGCCUGGAUACUAUUAAAAAUAAAAUAACUGAACAAACUUUCUGUACUCCAAUAUAAUCCUUACAAUAUGAAUAAUGAAUCUAACAAAAACAAUGGGGGAGAUUUAUCAAAGCUGUCUAUGUCCUGCAUCAAUAUGGACCAAAUUACAGAGCGUUAGGCCGGUCUAUUGUGCGCCUAAUUUAUCAAAAGGCGUACGGCUCUUGAUAAAUUCUGUGCACAGACUUCAGGAUCUUUGCUUUAGACUGUAUUUAAUCCUGCUCCAGUAUGGUCUGACAUUUCGGCGUACUUUCAGCCGAUGCAACUUGUCGCUGAAAAGUCGCUUUUGAUAAAUUCAGCACCAAUGCAUUUUUCUGUCUAAAAUAGACUGGAAUGCAUCAUGUUCUAGAAAUCCUCUAAAGCAAAAGUCGCAAAAAAAGUCGCACAUAUUUAGACUGCGACUUUCUGUGCGACAAAAUUAGACAUGAAAAAAACUGUCUAAAUCCUUUGAUAAAUAUGCCCCAAUAUCUCACAAAGCUACAUCAACAAAACAAUAAAAGAUUCUAGGUGUCUGACUGUGGGAAGGCAAAAUGGCCUGGUCCUUAAUUUAUUAGCCAGAUUGUAAACAUUGAAAACAACAAGAUGGUAAUGCAGCAAUGUUAUGUCAUAUGGGCAAAAUUUUGUGAAAAUAAAUACCAAGAUAACUGCUACUUUUAGCUGUUCUGUAAGACAAAGCUACUGCUGAGGAUCAGUAUUUAGCUAAAGCGCAUUGUUUUGAUAUUUGCAUUGUUCUGUAUAAAAAUUGAAAGUUUUUUGUGGA